AUGGACAAUGUGGCAUGCGAGGAACUAUCGGUUGAAUUCUUUACCACAUUUGUACCACAAGACAAAGGCAAGUCAUCCACUUUUCGGAUGAAAGGGGAAGAAUACAAGGUUGAUAACAAGAUCAUGCAUGAGGUCUUUGGUUUCCGCACGACGGGGUCUCGCCAAGUACUCGGUGAUUUUGACGUACACAAGCAUUGGGCCGUUCUCUCUCCAUGCCACAAAUUCAAAGUAAAGGGCCCAUCAAAUGGGCUAAUAAAACAUGUGGCCAUUGCAGUGGUACAUAAAUUUCUGUGCUACAAUGUUUUUGGCAAGAAAGACUCCAACAAGGUUAGCGAGAAAGAAGUUUAUCUCUUGUCGGCAAUGUGUGCAAAGAAGCCCAUAUGCAUUACUGCAUUUGUUAAAGAGACACUCCGGGAAACGAGAAUCUUCGCCAAUCGCCCUUCGAGAUUGGCCAAUGUCGUCACCGCACUCGUUAAGCACUUCAAAGUUCAAAUUGAUGAAGUGCCGCUUCAACCGAAGAAGAUCGUGUUGUGGGAUUUGACGAAAGCCGAGCUCGCUUCAAACAGCACCACGAUCAUUGAUUACAAAUUUCGAUGUUGCUACAAGGCAUAUAUGGCAGAGCUGAAAAAAUCGUCCGAAGUAGGUAGUUCCUCUCAGCCACCACCUGAUACCGAGGACGAGGCAGAGGACGAUGAAACACAGACCAACCCGAUGGACUAUUUCCUCCCUCCACCAGUUGACGCGGGCGCUCCGGAUGCGCUAUCUCAACAAGACCCCGCUUGGUUCGAUAACUUCAUUGCGCAUAAUGAUAGGCGUUGGGAGGAGCACAACAAGAGGCUCGAUACCUUCAUUGAGCAUAAUGAUAGGCGUUGGGAGGAGCACAACAAGAGGAUCGAUGAACGUUGGACCCAAUGGGAGUCUCGGCAAUUUGAUCAGUGGAAACAAUGGGGCGACCAGUUCAAGCAAUGGGACGUUCGCUUGAGUUCAGGCCGCAGCCUACCCUACCCUCCACCUCAACCUCCACCUCCACCUCCACCUCCACCUCCAACAUCGGAUGCAACGGAUGCACAGUGA